GGGGAAAAAAAAGGGAAGAAGAAAAACGAGGCGACAAAGCAGCGAUAACUGCAUGAGAGGAGGACGCCCCAUUCCAAUAGCCAAUCCUCACCUAUCGCACUCUGCUGCCAGCCGGCCAAACCUCAGGUACUGGGCUACUCCAUAAAGUCGGUGUGUAGCUUGCGGAUCCUGUCCCAGACUUUUUCCGGCUCCCCUCCGGCUGGCAUUAGUCUUAGCCACGGCCCGGUAUCACGCCCCGUCGUCUACUUUUUCCCUCCGGUCUUUCGUUGUUUGCUUUUAUUUGGCCUGUCGCCAUGUCGUUCGCAAAGAGUAUGCCAGCACAGCGAGUGCCGGCAUGGAAGCGAUUGGGUCUUAAGCUCAAAGGUUCUGCCGACAAUGACAACACAUCUUUGCUGCCGCCAAGUCAGCCUGCAGCAGUAGCGACAAGCUCCCCGUCGUCCAACAUAAGCGGCUACAGCUCCAACAACAAGCGCAAAGACUAUCCCGUCAGCAACGGCACCGCCGACGAGGCCUCAGUCAGCAAGCGCUCACGCACCGACCUCGAUCGUCCCUUCCAAGGGCGCCGCAAGUCUGUGACCUUUGCCGACGGCACCAAGGAUUCCGAUCCCGUCACGCCAGCAGCCACUGAGACUCCCUCAAAGCCAAAGCCCAAGAAAAUCAAGAAGAAGAGCAAGGGAUCCAAGACCGAAAAGCAGCCGGGGCAAGACUUCAAGCCAACACAAAUCCAACCAGAGCUCUCCAAGUACCUCCGCGAGUGGGAAACCUCGAGAGAGAACUGGAAGUUCAAAAAGAACUACCAGACGCUUCUUAUUAAAUACGCCUUUACACCUGAGAUGGUGCCAGCUGCCGACUUUGGCAUUUUCCUCAAAUAUUCCCGCGACAGUAAGGGGGCUUCCCGCGACUGGCUCAAGAAGUCGGCAGAGGACGUCAGGAAGAAGGAUCUGGGUUUAGCCGCCGCAAGUACUGGGGACGUCGCGAAAGAGCAGGAGAAAUACGCGAGUCUCCUCGCGACAAUGCUACAGUCGCACCCUGGCAGUGGCACUAAUGCCAAUGGCAAGCGAGUCCGCGAUGAUUACAACGAGGAGGAUUUCGUCAUGGGUGGCACAAAUGCCAUCGACCCACGGGACCCUGAAGUGACGCAGCGUCUCGUCAAAAGACUGCGAGCAGAGCUGGUUCUCGAUGAGCUUUCCAGUGGAGAUGAUUCAGAAGCCACGACGACGACAACAGGAACCUCAGAGGCGGCGUCAACCCCUCGAGAGUCGACGUUGGCAUCGACAUCAGAUGCAGCUGUCGCGGGGGAUGUAGGCGCAAAGGAUGGCAGGCGAAAACGCAAUCGCAACAAAAGGACACUUGCCGAAGACGACGCGAGUAGUAGCAGUGAUAGCAGUGACGACGAGGAUGCCGAUGAUGCGGAUGAGGAUGACGAUACUUCGAGCUCCGGAACCAGCAGCAGCGGUUCGGAAGAUUCCGGCUCCGAGAGCGAAGGGACACUACUGAGGUUACAGCAACAGCGCGAGGAGCUCGAUACUUCAUCCGAGUCUUCAAGCAGUAGCGAUUCAGAUUCGGAUAGCUCGUCGGACGGCGAGGAGCUGUAGCAUAUCGAUAGCAGAGCAACAUCAGACAUCAAACCCUUUCCAUUUGACCUCGUUGCCAUGCGACCCCAUCAAUUGUCUAUAUCACAAUUAGUUCGCCAUACUGAUGGC